AUGUUUCUAGGUUCCCCAUCGUCCACCCAAGUGACACCCGCCUCCACUAGAUGUCUGAUUUGUGGCGCUCAAGCAACUGGUUUCCAUUUCGAAGCCCAAUCCUGCUCGGCGUGUGCAGCCUUCUUCAGAAGGACAGUCGCAUUGACGAAGAGCUUUAAAUGUAUCACUACUCUCGAUCAAUGUGUUGUUCAUUAUAGUAUGCACCAAAUCUGCCGUAGCUGUCGAUACAAAAAAUGCCUUGCAUCUGGAAUGAAACCUGCCGGUGUUCAACCCAAAAAGCCUAACGUGGAGACUGGCAGAGCGUUUUUCACAAAAUCUGGGCUCAAACGGAAUAAGAAGUUUGCUAGUGUCCUGCCACAAACCGAUGAUGAGCAGAAGUUGGUCGUGGAGGUAUCGGUAUCGUCUCCCAAGGUGCCGAAGAUGGAGUCGGAGUCGGAAGGGACACCGUUUUCAAAUAGUUCAUGUGGUACUUCAGAUAUUGAGAAAUUGGAUUUGGAAGAUUUCAUAAAAAUCCCAACACCUCGCAAAUUCUCGUCAGCCACCUCCAUUACAUCCAACGUCACCAACUUCAGCUCCCCCGGUCCAUCCCCCAUGACUUCCGAGUUUGCAAGUCCAGCGCCUCCAACCACAAAACCUCAACCAAAUACUUUAUCGGUAUUCAUUAAACAAGAGAUGAAAUUGGGAGAGCAAAGGAGGUUGUUGUUUAGCGGACGGGCGGUCGGAACACUAUUAGGGAAAACAAGACAGUGUCCAUAUAGGAAAGAAGACAUCAAGCCGUUGAUUUUUCAUGAUUUCCGAAUCAGUAUUAAAACUCAUAUAAUGCUAGUCCAUGAGUGGCUGGAAAUCUGGCCGGAGUUCGAGGAGCUAGACGAUUUCGACCGGAUGUCCCUUCUCAGAAAAGCUGUGCUUAUUCACUUUCUCCUUGACCCAAGCUUCCUCACCUUUCAAAUCGGAGAGCCCGACAAACUGAUUAUGCAGAAUGGAGGUUUCAUAUCCACUGCUGACCAUAAAGGAGUGGGAUGGGAGGAUGAGCCGGAUAUUAGUGGAGAGAAUAAGAGAAAGUACUAUGUGCCGAUUAUGAAACAGAUCACUGACGAGAUUAUGCCGGCGAUGCAAGCCAUGAAUAUCACUUUUGAGGAGUUUGUCGCAUUGAAGGCGUUGGCUAGUUUUCAGGGAGGAUUCGAAAACGUGUCUGAAGCAAAACGCCAUUUGAUAACCCAACAAGUGAACCGUGUUCUCAAUUCUCUUCAUGCUCACUACACGGAGAAAGGAGAGGAGAAAGCGGCAGAGAGAUUCGGAGCAAUUGUAUUGAUGCUCAGCAAUAUUUUUACAGCCGGCAACGAUUUCGUCAAAAAUCACCGUGAAAUCGAUAUUUUCCACAUCUGGGACCUCGACGAGUUGGGUCUCCAACUUCUGAAUCUUGACAAGAUUCUGGAGACAGAGGCGAGGAAUGAGGCGGAGAGACGGGCGGUGCGGAAUGGAAUUAAUGUAGUAAAUACUAGUUUGCAUCAUAGUUAA